UCGGAUGGACGGAUUUAAAUUAUAUGUGACCAAUACAUCAACUAUUCCACCUGACGGUUAUCUAUGUUAUGAAGAUCCUGAUCCUGGUCUUCCAAACAUCACUCAGACAAUUCCCUGUAAUCAACUUGGAAGAUAUAUCAUAUAUUAUGAUACUAAAGGAGAUGACAAAAUCGGACCUGUGAUUGAAUUGUGUUACGUUGCCAUUAAUGGAUGCAUGAAAGGUACUUGGGAAACAAACUGUACAGAGUCAUGUCCAUCAAAAUGUACAGACCAACACUGUUAUCCUGUAAAUGGUUCCUGUAUUUUGGGAUGUGAAACACAAAACUGUUUAAACAAUAAAUGCAAUAUACAAACAGGUGUUUGUACUGAAGGGUGUGUAACUGGAUGGGCCGGAGAGUACUGUACAUUUAUCAAAAGUUAG